AUGGAUUCGUGUCCUAAAACACCUGGUAAUGAAUCUAAUCAUUCAGAUAAUUUAGGUUUUAAUGAGAAUUUGAAUUCUCAGAAGGUUCCAUUUGUUGAACUGCCUGAUGAUUUAUUUGAAGAAGGUUUAAAUCCUUGGAAGUUUUCUUUAAUAGGAAGAUUAUAUUUACAACAUAUAAAAUUUGUGGAUGAUGCUGUUAUUUUGCGACAACAAUGGAAUCUAGUUGGAGAUUGUAAACUUAUCCCUUUGGGAAGAGGUUUCUUUGCUAUUAAGUUAGAUAAUGAAACUGAUCGAAGAUUCAUCAAAUCGGGUCAAUGGGAGGUCCUUAAUCAAGUACUACAGAUCAGGAAUUGGGUUUCUAAUUUUAGACCAUCAAAUCAGCGUACAUCUAAAGCUCAAGUUUGGGUUCGUCUUCCUGGUUUGGGUUUAGAAUUCUGGAAGGAAAUGAUUUUGUUCACUAUUUAUGAAGAGAUUGGUACUCUUAUCAAAAUUGAUUCUGCUACUGCUAAGUGUGAAGUUGGAUAUUAUUCUAAUGUAUUGGUUGAGGUGUAUUUUUCUCAACCAAUUCCUAACAAAAUAUGGAUUGGUACUAAAUAUGGAGGAUUCUUUCAAAAUAUAUCAAUUCCUGUGAUUCCAAAAUAUUGUCAUCACUGCAAGAUUAUUGGACAUCUAACAGCUGAAUGUAGAAAUGAGCAGAAUAAAAUUCAGGGUGAAAGCAGAACUUCAUAUCAGUCUAAAGCUAGUUCUGUAAAAGUUCCACAUCUGCAUAAAGUAAGUGCAGAAAUUCCACAUACUCCUUUUGAUAUUUGUGAUAGAUCAGAAGUUGAAAACUCUCCAUCAAAGGUACAACCUAAUACUUCUACUUCUACUUCAGUUCCACAACAGCAACCAGAAAGUGAUUCUCUCAUUACCAAUAUUUCCCCUAUAAUUACACAACAUGCUAAUAAUACAAUCAAUACUAAUUUAGUAGGAGGAAGAUUUCAUAUUGCUGCAGUCACUGAACUAGAGAACAGUGUAGUUAAAUUCAUAGAUACUGGAUCAGAAAAGGUCAGCUCAGAAUCAGUUCCAUUUACUACUUGGUCUCCAGUAGUUAAAACCUCAGCAUGUGAGAAGAAAAUUAAUGCAGCUUCUAAUAAUAGCAAUUCAGAAAUUAAUGCAGAUGAGCAGCUUAGUUCCAAAUGUCACAAUGAAGUAGUCAAAAAUAUCAUUCCAGGUAAUAGUUCUGGUGAGAAGCUUAUUAAUCUUGUAGCACAUAAAUAUAAUUUUAGAAGAAAUGUUGGCAAUGGAGGUCCUAAAAACCUCCACACCAAACCAUGA